UUUCGCUUGUACAAAAGUCGAUUUUUGUCUGUGUUGCAAGAGAGGUUGCAGAGAAAAGAAACGGGAAAUUUCUAAAGUGGUUCGAUUUUCGCGUAUCGAUCGGAUAAUCGCAGUAUUUUACCGUCGAAACGGUGUUCGAAACCCGCGGAAACGCGCUCCGGACGAUUUGGUGCGUUGAGAAAGUGGAUUACGGUGUUUUCCCGGGCGUGAAUUGCGAAAGAAUCGACGGCAGCUCGCGAAGAAGGUUGGAAUUUUGGCUGGCGGAGGAAAAAGAAGGCAACAAUAGAGUGAGAAGUUUGCGGGCCUACAACAAGAGCUAACGAGGGUGCAGCGCCGCCUUCCGAGGGGCAGAAGAGAAAGAGGGCGAACGAAGUGCGGAUUAAUAGUGGAUUUUUUCGUGGUUGCAGCAGCAAUGACGACGGUUCACGCAGUGGCAGAAGCUCGCCUCUAGAAGAAAAAAUAGGCAAGCAAUAGGUUGAAGGCAACUGAGGCCCUGAGAGAAGUAACAGCAGAAGACGAAGAAGCCAACCAAGGAGUUUGAAAAGUGAAUUAUUGUACCACGGGCUCCCGUGUGAGUGUGAGAAAGUGUUGUAAUGCAUCUAGUGAAAUUUGUUUUUCCUCAUCGUCGUCAUCAUCAACAUCAACAUCAACGUCGUCGUCAUUGUCCUGCUGCAGUCGUAGCCUGGUUUGACCAGCCGAAGGAGUAGACACCGAACGUGUGGGGUUCCUGUAUUGCGUGGAAGCUGGAAGGAGAACGCAGAACGAGAAAAAGAUACAAGCGAAAAGCGAGAAAAGCUGCUUCCGGAAUCGACUGCAGUGACCUCCGAGGUAGAUUGUGACCAGCAGCGGCUGGGGGCACUAGGAUAAGAUGAUUGUGCAGGAACCAGUGCAGGCAGCAAUAUGGCACUGCCUGAACCACUACGACUAUCAGGAUGCGAUCUUCCUGGCGGAAAGACUGUGUGCCGAAGUGGAAUCGGAGGAGAGUUUAUUCCUGUUGGCGACCUGUUACUACCGGGCCGGCCAGAAGCACCAGGCCCACUGGUUGCUGUCGUCCAAAAGUGUUCGCUCGACGCAGUGUCGGUUUCUCCUCUCCAAGUGUGCCUUCGAUCUGAAGCGAUACUCGGAAGCUGAACAUACGCUGAUCAACGAUGAUCAUCUAAAUGUCCGCCAUCUAGACGAGGUGGCCAAAGAAUUUGGAGACAUUGGUUGCUUCGCGUUAGAGUUACUGUCGAAAAUUUGCCAGAAGACUGAACGGGGAAAGCUGGCGAACGAUGUAAGUCGGAAGACUCUCAAGUUGAAUCCCUUCAUGUGGCAAUCGUUUGCCGAUCUGUGCAACCGAGGAGAGAAACCGGAUCCGAACAGUGUGUUCCAGUUCACCAGCACCGAUGUGUUUGCAACUAGUCAAGCCACAAACCCGUCGAUGAACUCGUCGAUGGUGUGGUUUGGAAAUGGAACCGGCGGCGGUGGUGGGACAGGAGGUGGAGGAGGAGGAGGGACGUUCAUUGGAUCUGAAAGUAUAGAACAGCAGCUGGUCGGCACACCGGAUCAGGUUUCACAGUGUCUAAUACAGAAUAUAAUCAACACACCAAAUAAUCCUCCACAGCAACAACCACAGGGUCAAAACAUUAGCAGUUUAGCAAAUAUGAGAAUGGGGGGUGGGAAUCUAAAUUCGAGCGGGGUGGUACCCGUUGAAGAUCAAACGCCCAACAUGGUCGGAGGAGAUGCCGGAACGCCCUUCCGAAAGCAGCAGUUCAAAUACCUGGCCGCAAUGAGUCCCUCGACGCCUAGCUUUGGAGUGCUCCCAAUCAUGAACAGUCCCAACAUGCACGAUCAAUCCGGACUGAUAAUGACACCUUCGCCACAGCAGCUUUCCUCGGCUACGGGCUAUCAGCAGCAGCAGCAACAAUGCCAGCAACAACCAGGACAACAACAAAUUAGCCAACAGCAGCAAAUUAUUGCCGACAGUGAUCAGCAGAAAAUGGCUUUGUCGAGUAGCAACAAGAAGAUGCGUGGACAUCACAAUCUAGGCACGAUGGGAAUCAUUAUAAAUCGAAAGAGUGAUACGACGGCAUCCCCGAUGCUCCUGCAGCAACAGAGUACGAACACAAAGCCGAAUGUGUUCAGCCAAACAGGCAACCAGAUGACGACGCCGCGGACACCGAACACAACCGGGGCUCCACUCUUGACCUCUCAGUACGUUCGUCGAAGUUCCCGCCUUUUUAGCAAUAGUAAUUGCUCCGUCAAGGAGAACACCAAAAGUCCCCAGCUGAACAAUAAGUUUGUGGCCCCUCGAUCACCACCGCGCAAGUCCAAGCAGCGAAUCUCAAAGAACCUAAACAGCAGCACGGCCAACCUGCUGGAGAAUGUCGAACGGAAGUCUUCCUCCGGCGAUGGGAAGGAGAAAAUCGAAACCAUCACUUCGAGCGAGACGCUUAGCGAAAAAGUGUUCAUCAACAAUAGCAUUAACAGUGCACAGAAAGUGGCCCAGCAGGUGCUAGCCAUGAAAAAGCAAAGUGCGGACGGGUUGAUGACGUUGCUGCGGGAACUCGGCCAGGGCUAUCUCCGGUUACAGCACUACGAAUGCGAGAAAGCGAUCGAGCACUUUAGCAAUGUUACGCCUCACCACUACAGCAGCAGCUGGGUGCAAAGUAUGAUCGCUUUGGCCCAUCACGAGAUGCGGGAGUACGAAGCGGCGGUCAACAUCUUCCGGGAGGUACACGACAAGGAACCGAACCGGAUGCAGUACAUGGAGAUCUACAGUACCGAUCUGUGGCACCUGCAGAAGGAUGUGGUUCUGUCGGCUCUGGCGCAAGAUUUGAUGGCGCAGGACAAGAGCUCACCGAUCACGUGGUGCGUCGCUGGGAACUGUUUCUCCGCCCACAAGGAACACGAAACGGCGAUCAAGUUCUUCUUUCGUGCAAUACAGUUGGAUGAAGACUUCCCGUACAGUUAUACUCUGCUCGGUCACGAGUUGGUUUUGACCGAGGAGCUCGACAAAGCCCUUUCGAUGUAUCGGAACGCAAUUUUGCGGGACUCGCGACAUUACAACGCCUGGUUCGGUAUUGGAACCAUUUUCAGCAAGCAGGAAAGGUACGAGCUGGCUGAGCUGCAUUACCGCAAGGCACUGGCGAUCAAUCCGAAGAACUCGGUCAUCAUGGUGCACAUCGGGGCGAUGCAGUUCUUCCUGCGGAAAUCGGAACAGGCGCUGCGGACGUUGAACGCUGCGAUUGCCCUGGACCCGAAUAACCCGCUGUGCAAGUUCCACCGGGGGUCGAUGUACUUCUCGAUGGGUCGGUACCAGGAGGCGUUGAAUCAGCUGGAAGAGCUGAAGCAGAUCGUGCCAAAGGAAGCGGUAGUCUACUACGUGAUGGGUAAGAUCUACAAAAAGCUGGGGAAUGUAGAUCUUGCCCUGAUGCACCUGAGUUGGGCGACGGAUUUGGGUUCCAAGGGGGCAAACAACCAAAUCAAGGAUAAUUUUGAUUCCAUCAUGCGAACGCAGGACAAUGCAGGAGGAGGAACGCUAGGAGCUACGAGAUCGGGAACGACGGGGUCCAGCAAUGAAGGCACGGAGGGAAGUGGACUGGAGGGUGUCAGCGGCGAGGCGGGCAUUGCCACCAGCAGUGCGGAUCCGGACUACUCGGUCGACGGGGAGCAGGCCUCUAACGACGAGUCGACGUCGGCCAAUGCGCGGAACGAAUCGCUGGACGUUUUCAGCGGUAACCUGUACGAUAGUGAUAGUUACUAGAACAAACCGUGGGGAUCGCCUUUUGGUUCGUUUCGUACGUUAGUCCACUUUUAGGGUUCACUUACCACGUCCCUCCCCUUCGAAGUCGAGAUAUAGCUCUAUGUGUGUUUUGUAUUAUAUAAGUCGUCUGCUGAUAUGUUCCAAGCUCUUACCUUAUAAUUUAGCGCUUGUGGCAAAAAAUAAAGGAUCCUGGGCCAUGGUGGUUCUGGAUCCGGUACUGUACUAGCAAAUUGAACUCCUCCUUCCCCGUAUAAAUAUAGACUUCCACUCUGA